CUGUUAUCGUAUACCGACUCCCUUUUCUGCAGGAAUAUAUCUUACGAUUCACUCCGAGAUCCCCAUUCUAAGCACAGCUAUCCCAUGGGGAUACUUGAUUUCAGUCUAAAGUGAACCCAUCGCUCCUGCGGCCGCGGCGUGGCUCUGGGCCAACGUCGCAUCCCUACCGUCAGCCGGCAUGAUGCGAUCGAGAGACCCUCGGGUCCGCCAGACAAUCAACCAAAUCCAUCAUAACCUCGAGUCUGCAAACGAGAGCGCCCAGGAGGGCUUAUAUACUUUUUCCCAUAAUUACGUGGUACCAUGUUUUGCAGCGAUUGGGACCUGUAUUUACUCAUGCACUGCGCCUUGUCUCCCUAGCCGCGAAGACCAGCUUCGACGCCGCCGACGCGGCCGCGCAGAGGCUAAUUUCGACUUCUACGAUGACUGGGAUAAUGAGGAUCCAAACGACGGUCUGCUAGGAUGGGGUACUGACGAACUGGAUCGUUUACUGGCUGGAAGCGGCUUGGCCCGGGGGAGUUCCGAACAGCCUCGAAGGCAGCGGAAAAUGAGCUAUGGUGCUCGGCGCACCAGGCGAAAGAGCACUGCUAUAAUGUCUGACGACCGUAAUGACCCGACUGUUAUCCCGAGUUCCUCUUUCCUGGGGUUCCUAGAGCGCUUCCCAUGGAGAUUUGGCGCUCGAGGGCUGAAAUAUCGCCCGUCCGCGGCAGAUCUUCAAGAACAUCCCGUGGGAUUGCGACGGCAUGAACUUGAAGAUGAGCCUCUCAUAGAAGAAACAGAGGAAAGUGAAGGCCCAGCCACCUCAAGAUUGAAUGGGAGAUAUCGAAGUUCAACACAAUCAUCGCGUGACACGGCCAAUUCCUUGAGCUCGCGGGGUGACUUGAUCCCCAGCGACGAGGAAGAAGACGCAGUGCCACUAGAUGAUGAGUUUGCUCUAGCUCUGGCCAGUCGUCGCGGGACUGGACUCGAUUCAAUUGAUCUAAUAGGGGAUAAGCCUGCAAGUAUGAGGUCGGUGUCUGGGACCUUUAGUUUAAGAACAACCGCCUCUUCCAAGGAGGAGAGAAAGAAGAAGAAAAAGAGGAGCAGCCGUCUGCGGUCUCCGGAGGGGUCGUAUGUAGAGGUCACUCGCCAAGCCAGUACCCCUACAUUAGCCGAUCUUAAAAAAGAAGAAGAGCAAGCAGCGCUUGAAGAAGAAUCAGAAAUUGCGCGAAGACGGCUUGCUGCACAGCAGCUGGCUUCAACACGAGGCCUACACCAAGCAAAAGACGAGGCUUCACAAAGUUCACCAUCUCCACAACCUCGCACACCUGUGUCGGACGCCACUCAUCAAGCGCCCGCCAAUAUUCCUUUAGACUCAACUGUAGAACACACACUUCCUCAUCAAAGUCAGGAUGUACAAACUCAGCACUCGCCGAAUCCGGGCUCCCCCGGAAACGACUCACAAACCGAACCAUUCCCCCCAUUUCCAUCUACUCCGGAAUUUCAUGAUGCUAGUCCUGCAUCGCAUCCGGGUCAUUUCCACGACCAAAGCAAUGCCUCGAAUCUAUCUGAUCAGGAAGAUACAGCAGAUGCUUCAAGGGAUGAUGCCUCUAUUGAUUGAUCAAAGGGCGCCAGGUUGCUAUGCGUGGAGGAAGCACGGCUAAUCGCUAAUCCAGGUUUGCAGGCCAAACCCAACCAUCUAAAUUCUCAGUUCCUUCAGCGAUCUCUCUCAUAUAUGAGGACGCAGCCGUCUUAUGCUUCUUAUGGCGACCUCUGAACUGUACAUUAACAUGAUGAUUCACG